UUGGAAGGAGUGUCCAGCUGUGGGAAGAGAUGUGCCAGCUCCAGCCCCAACCCCUGGCACUGCUGGCACUGCUGGCCCUGCUGCUCCUGCUUUCCUGCCCGUGGGCCAACACCAGUGCUCUACGGGGUGAGAUCGUGGGGGGCCACGAGGCUCAGCCCCACUCCCACCCUUACAUGGCAUACCUGAAGCUAGGGAUGUCAGCCUGCGGAGGCUUCCUGGUGGCCCCCGACUGGGUGAUGACGGCCGCGCACUGCAAGGGAAACGCCACGGUCAUCCUGGGGGCUCACAACAUCCACGAACCCGAAAGGACCCAGCAGACCCGGGGAGUUCUCAGAUACCACCGGCACCCAGAAUAUGACCCUAAGACCGUGUCUAACGACAUCAUGCUGCUCAAGCUGACAGCGAAGGCCACUCUCAAUGACUACGUCAAGACCAUUCCACUGCCCAAGACCAGCAGCGACCUCCCCACGGGCACCAAGUGCAGCAUAGCUGGCUGGGGGCUGAUCGAUGAUGACCAGGUGACCAACAAGCUCUUUGAAACCAAAGUCUCCAUCUACAGCCGCAGGAAAUGCAUCCGCUUCUAUCCACAUCUCAACAGAGGCAUGGUCUGUGCCGGCAGCUUCCACCAGCUCAGCGAUUCCAGCCAGGGAGAUUCUGGGGGGCCCCUGGUGUGCAAGAACAUGGCACAAGGCAUCGUUUCCUUCGGGUACAACAGCCCGCCUGGGGUCUACACCCACAUCUCCAGCUACCUGCCCUGGAUCAGAAGAACCCUGAAGAAGUAGCAGCAGCAGCACUCGCUCCAGCACUGGAGACUGCGCUGGUUUCCUUCCUGCCCCUACUGAAGGCCUGACCCCCUUCUCUCUCCUUGGGAACCCGAGGGUCCCGAUCGGGGGCACAGGGGUCCCGUUCUUUCCGUUCCAAGGCUGCCGGCUGUCCCAUUCCCUGCCUGCUGCAGGCAGCAGGUCAGGGCCAUGUCCAAUCUCUCUGGCAGAAGCAGAGAUCAUCCCAGCCGGCCCCAGAAAGAGCCUGUGCUACAACAGACCCUGCUGCCUUCAGAAACAGCCCUGUCCCUGCUUGAACCUUGCUGCACGUUCCCCCACCCACAGUAAACCCAGAGCUGCAUUUC